AUGAUGGAUCCUCCACCCACUGUACCACCCACGGCUCAACCGUAUUCCCCAGAGCAAGCGAUGUAUCCACCGGCGUACCCCCCGGGUCAAUAUCCACCGGUAACUCACCAACCGGCACCGUACGUACAACAGACUAGCAAUACCACUGUAGUGGUGAAUCAGCAACCAGCAGUGGUUCAAAAGGCACAACGGGAUUGGAGCACUGGACUGUGUGGUUGCUUUGAGGACUGUGGCUCUCGUAAGUAUUCUUUAAGCGGCACUCAAAUGAGUUAAUGUGGUGUUGAUAAUAGUUACAACAACUUUAUUUAUUAAGCGUCAGUAUUUCUUGCUCGAAUGUACUCAUUGAGGACAGUAUUUUCACGUCUCCUAAUAGAUACGGCUCCGCCAUUUUUACGUGGUCAUCCUAGUCACGUGAAGCGGUUUAUCUGUUUCCAAACCAUAAGCAAUACCUUCUUACUCAGUUUUCUUAAGACCCUGAGUAUUGGUCCGGAUCCGGAAAUCUAAUCCGCCACUUCCCGCUCUGCAGACAAGCGCUUUUACCUGAGCUAACCCAGCCACGUUUAUUUUAUUUUGUUUGUGUUUAGUGUUUACGGGCCUUUGCUGUCCUUUCAUGCUGCUGACCGAUGUUUCGUCCAGGAUGGGCGAAGGAUGUUGCUUCCCUUGCUGUUGUCCAGGUGCACUGUUGGGACUCAGGAUCAAGCUGAGAGUGCAGGAGAAUAUUCAGGUAUUCGAGAGGUUUCAAGAGCUUAAAGAACAACCUCGUUCUAGGGGACGAGUUUGCUUUAAGGAGCUUUGUCCCACAUCUAUGAAAAUUAAAUAA